GGUCCUCUACUCCUCUCAUCCUUCAUCUACUUCGGCCUAAGUUCCAACUAAGCAUAAUGGCAUCGCUUUCUCCCUUGAAUCACACCCUUCUUACUCCCGCUAGCAGUUCUAAUGCCUCCACCUCUCUGUGCCCCUUCAACCAGAGGAGGUCUCAGGUCCCCAUAGUCGGCAAGCGUCGUUACCGAAUGGUUCGUAAGGUCUCAUGUGAAGCUACCGAUGGAGAAAAGAAACCAACCAGAUCGGGGAAUGAAGAGGGAUCUCUCGGGAGGUUGGACAGGAGGAAUGUGCUUAUUGGUUUAGGAGGCUUGUACGGUGCCACCGGCCUCGGUGCUGAUCGAUUGGCAUUUGGGGCUCCGAUCAUGCCCCCGGACCUAAGUAAGUGCGGAGCAGCCAACCUGCCCGCCGGCGCAAAGCCCACCAACUGCUGCCCGCCUGCCAGUUCGGAAAUUGUUGACUUCAAGCUGCCAUCCUCAUCGGAACCCAUGCGCGUCAGACCAGCUGCUCACAUGGUGGACGAAGAGUAUAUCGCCAAGUACUCCAAGGCCAUUGCCCUCAUGAAGGCUCUCCCCGCCGACGACCCACGUAACUUCACGCAACAGGCCAAUGUUCACUGCGCUUACUGCGAUGGAGCUUAUGACCAGAUUGGUUUCCCGGACCUGGAAUUACAAGUGCACAACUCGUGGCUGUUUUUCCCAUUCCACCGCUACUAUCUCUACUUCUACGAGAGGAUGUUGGGCAAGUUGAUCGACGACCCCACAUUUGCGUUGCCUUACUGGAACUGGGAUGCUCCCGCCGGCAUGAAAAUGCCAACCAUGUACGCCAACCCUAACUCCCCUCUCUACGACAAACUCCGCGAUGCCAAGCACCAGCCACCGACGAUGAUCGAUCUCAACUACAAUGUACAAGACACCACGAUGACUCCUGAGCAACUACUGAAGAACAAUCUCGCCACCAUGUACCGGCAAGUGGUGUCCAAUGGCUCGACGGCGCAGCUCUUCCUUGGAUCGCCGUACCGUGCCGGAGACCAACCCGACCCUGGUUUCGGGUCGCUUGAGAACGUUCCACAUGGACCGGUUCAUCUAUGGGCCGGUGAUCGUACCCAGCCUAAUAUAGAGAAUAUGGGCAACUUUUACUCGGCUGCCCGAGACCCCAUCUUCUAUGCCCACCACUCCAACGUCGACCGGAUGUGGACAAUAUGGAAAAAGCUGGGAGGAAGGAGAAAGGAUUUCAAAGACCCCGACUGGCUGAACGCGGGCUUCCUGUUGUACGACGAGAACAAGCAGCUGGUGAGAGUUAAGGUUCGGGACUGCCUGGACGAGAAGAAACUCCGGUACUCGUAUCAGGACGUGGAGAUUCCAUGGAUGAAGACGAGGCCCACGCCUGGUAAACUCAUGGCAGCUGCUCAGAAACUGAAGAUUACGGAUAGGGGGUUGAAGAAGAAGAAGCCAACCGUCAGUGAGUUCCCCAAAGAACUUGAUGCGCCAUUCAAGGUAGUGGUGAAGAGGCCGAGGAAAUCGAGGAGCAAGAAAGAGAAGGAGGACGAAGAGGAGAUAUUGGUAAUAGACCAAGUAGAGUUGGAGAGGGACACGGUGGUGAAGUUCGACGUCUACAUCAACGACGAGGACGAGCCAAGCCCGGAUAAGAGUGAGUUCGCCGGGAGCUUUGUGAAUGUUCCCCACAAGCACGGGAAGAAGAUGAGCAAGCUUAAGACGUGCCUGAGAUUCGGUAUCUCGGAAUUGCUGGAGGAUUUGGAAGCCGAAGAUGACGACGAGGUGGUGGUGACUAUAGUACCAAGGAUUGGAGGGGACCUUGUCACCAUUGGUGGGAUCAAGAUAGUGUUCGCUUCGUGAUUUGUUACUGCGUGUAGGAAUCCUCCUUUUGUUUGUUUCAAUUUAUUGUAUUUUCCCCCUUUGCCUUUUUGAAUAAGUUUGAAGCAGCAUCCAUCCCAGUUCCAGUUUAGGUUUUUGGUGGAUCACGACGUGGAGUACUCCUAAGAUGUGUAACCGGAGAAAGAACUACCGGAGGUGGUUGCCUCUGUAGUCAACGACUCCAAUGCUUAAUAUUUUGUUGAAGGAAUAAACAGGAGAAAAAUUUUCUUUA